AUGGCGUCAUCUUAUUCACUUGAUAAGAUCAAUCCGAAGCUAUUACGUCGUAUUUACCGAGCAUGCAGACCAUCGAACGACGAACCCAAUCUAGCCCUCAAUUUGGAGAUUUGCGAUUACGUAAAUGCCAAGAAGGGAUCUGCCCCUAGGGAUGCAGCUAUUGCUGUUGUUAAAUUGAUUAGUCAAAGGGAUCCACAGACUUCGGAAUUGGCUCUAGCAUUGUUGGACAAUUUGGUCAAGAAUUGUGGAUACCCCUUCCAAUUGCAAAUAUCAAGAAAAGAAUUCUUGAAUGAAUUGGUUAAAAGAUUCCCCGAGAGACCCACUUUGAGGUAUUCUCGUGUGCAGCGUUUGAUUUUGGCACAGAUUGAGGAAUGGUAUCAAACCAUUUGCCGUACAUCCAAGUACAAGGACGAUUUUAGUUACAUAAGGGAUAUGCAUAGAUUGUUGGCCAAUAAGGGAUAUGUAUUUCCCGAGGUCAAGGUGGAAGAUAUUGCUGUUUUGAACCCGGGUGAUAAUUUGAAGUCGUUGGAAGAUAUCCAAAAAGAAGAAGAAGAAGUGCAUUCAGCAAAAUUACAGGAAUUGAUCAGAAGAGGAAGACCGCAAGACUUGCAGGAGGCCAACAAGUUGAUGAAAAUAAUGGCCGGUUUCAAGGACGACAACGUCAAGGAAAACAAGAAACAGUUGAAGGAUGAUAUUGUGAGAUUGAGUAGAAAAGUUGAAAUCUUGGGUGAAAUGUUAAGCUCGAUUGAAAGUUCAGGGGGCAAAAUUGGUGAGGAUUCAGAUGAAGCAUUACUUGAGCUAUAUAGUUCAGUGAAGAGCUCACAACCUAUCAUUGGCAAAAUUAUAGAGAAAGAGGGCGAAGAAGGAGAUGAGGAGGUCAACAAUCUCUUGGCCUUGAAUGAUAAUGUGAAUAAGGUCAUUCAAAAGUACCAAUUGUUGAAAGGAGGCAAAGUGGAUGAAGCAAGCCAACUUAAAUUAUCCGGAGGAGUGGGAGCAGGAGCAGCUGCCGACUUGAAUUUGAUUGAUUUUGAUGACGAACCAGAAGAUGUUACUGCCAGUAAGGAACAAGGGUACAACGACUUAUUGAGCGACUUAUCUAACUUGGCUUUUGGUGACAACACCGGUGGUGCAUCGGCAGCCAACGGCAACAAAGUAAAUCCAUUAAAUUUGUACGGUACUGGCGGUUCGAUAUCAUUGGGCGGAAACACAACUCAGUUGCACCAGCCCACUCCAACAACCCAGUCAAGCUCCUCCAACUUUGACUUGUUGGCUGAUUUGAACUCUCCAUCGCCACAGUUGCAAUCCAAUACAGCAAAUGCCAAGCCUGCUUCAGGCUUGGACCCUUUUGGAUUCGAUUUCCCAAGCACGACACCAUCAAGCUUGCAAAAGCAACCGGAAUCUCAAGGUUAUUUGAAAAUGAUCAACGUCAAUGAAUCGAAUGGCUCUUCAGCUAAUCUCAAGGUUGAAGUUGGAGUGUUGCAAGCGUCGCCUUCGUCGUUUAAAGGAAAAGUUUUGUUCUCAAAUGUCCAAAAUCAAACAAUUUCCCAACUCAAGUUUAUGCUUGCUGUUCCUAAAUCAUGCAAACUUGACUUGAACCCCCAAUCUUCUGAUGUUAUUUACGGAUUCAACAACCAUGGCGCUUCACAAGAUUUUACGAUUGAAAAUCCACAACAGAAACAAUUGAAAAUUAAAUGGAAGGUUGAGUAUAAAGUUGGCAAUGAACUGCAAGAGGAUACAGGUGUGAGUAUUUUGGAGUAG